CUUUAUGAAACAAAUUUAAUUGUGAAUUAAGUUGAUUAAUGAGUACACUUUAGUGUCCUCACAAUUACUUACUCAAAAAAAUAAAAAUGAACUGUCUUCCUUUGUUAUUUUGUGAAAUUUUUAUGUGACAGUCCCAAUAAAUAUAUAACCUGUCAAACUAAGCAGUCCAUGAUAUUAAACUGGACCCACAAAUUGUCAUUAUUUGUAGUACAUAAAAAGAAAUGUAUAUGAUUGUAUUGUAAUCAUUAUUAUAGAAAUAGAUAUACCCAUUAAUAGAUAUUCUUGUUUUUAGGUGACCGAGUUUCUCCAGAAUCAAAGCUAGCAACAAUCUCCACAAUAUAUGGAAUGAUCCUACAUUGCAGAAAUGUGAAAGCCUGUGCCAUACAGCGUAUUUAUUCUGCCUUAUGCAUACGAUACCAUGCAGACAACAAGAGGGCACAUAUAUGGCGAAGUAGUAAAACUGCUUACACAGGAGAUGUGAUGCAGUCAACUGUUCCUUACGUCAAUGAUCUUGGAACGUUUCAAUCAAGUGCAUAUUACGUUGUCUCAUGAAACAAAGAGAAACAUUUUGAAUGAUUUCGGGGAAUAUUCGACAGAGAAAAUAAUUCAAGGUAUCGCACAAGGAAAAGACGGAAAAUUGAAUGGUGACAACUUAGAUCUGUAUGUUACUACCAACGAUGUUCGCAUGGACAAUAAGAGCAAAGAUUAUCACUUCUUUGCAACUGACUUAACAUUUGAUAGAGUUGAAUGUAAAAAUCUGGAAGACUCAAAACCUGUUGGUGAUACUAAAAAUAUCACAUAUAAAAACUUUGUGCCAUCACCAAAUGAAAUUUCCAAGUUUAAGGAAUCCCUGAAAGUCCUGCUCGGAAGGAUCUUGUGUGAAAACAUAGACCACUUUAGUUGGAUGAAAACAAUAAUACCGAAGCACAUUCCCCAUGACUAUGAAAAUGCCAUGUCCAAGAAAUCUGAAGUCUUUCUCCUACCAGUCCUGCUGAAGAAUGAACAAUCAUUAUCUGAUUGCAUUCACAUCUUGCAAUCUUAUGAACAGCAGUUGACCCUGUGGUACACAAAGGCUGGUAGAGCAUCUGAUCUAGACAAUCUUAAAGUUCCGGUUGGAGGGGACCAGCUUACAAGAGUCCGCCUACAGUCAGCCAAGUCACUGCAAGAUGGGGCUUUGACCUCAACAGAGAGACUUGAUCACUUAGAUCCUAUGAUUAUGGAAAUGUUUCACACCUUAAUGGAUUUGUUAGAGAAAAUGUAUAAGCGUUUCUUCAACCCAUCUAGUGGUAGAGACAAGGGAACAAUUUACCAUAUGAAAGUCCUUGUCCAGAGAUCCAAUGUCAAUGGCAAAGUGAAGUCUCGAUUCGAAGCUCAUGAGGACUUCAUUUUAACCGCUGGGUGUGCAUACUUCCUGUCCUACAUAUUACAGUUUUUUGGCAUGAAGUCAAUAACAAAUGAGCCUCAGCAUCCAUUACUGAAAAAGAACAUGAAGAUGAUGCAUAAUUCAAAGAAGGAAGAAAUUUUUUCUCAGCUGCUUGAAGAAAUAAUUGACAAGUUGAUGUUGACAUUCCCAGAAAAGAUUCCAUUGAUGGUGGAUAUCUUGGGAACCUGCCUUGUUGUGAACAGCACACUAAAUGAAAAAGGCUUAUUAAACUUCCAGCUGAAAAUCAACAAUUCACAGUUCUUAUUCAGUCUUACACCACAGCAAGUGAAACAAGGAGUGACAGUAAAUGUGUCUGAUCAUAGAAUUCCAGUCUCAAUUUCACUCUCUGAGCACACAGAUGAAGACCCUGAUGAUUUACAAAACUAUGUGAUGCAAUUUCUGCAGUGGUAUUUUGUAAUUUUGACCAUUAAAGAUGCCAUCAAGGAGGGAGAUUCUUGUAGAAUGAACAUAUCUCUUAAAUUUUGCAUACCAAUAUUCUUCAGUCAUUCUGUUUUAUCUAAGUACCUAGAGGAGUGCAUUGAUUAUAUUUUAAAAACUGAAAUCAUGCUCUCUGAAAAGAUGGCUCUGAAAGUGCGGUAUGGUUCUUUUGUUAAUCUGAGUGGGCGCAGAGGUGACAACAAAGCAGCAGAUCUACAGAAAGAGAAUGAGGUGUUGGUGUUGAAGGAGUUGAUACGUGGACUGGGUUCCAAUAAAACUGAAAACGCAAUAGUUGCCAUCACAAAGGCAGCACCAGUCAUACAGGAUGUUGCUAAUAAUUUUGACAAAAUGCUCAACAUUCCUGAUAAAAAGACACAUCACAAGAAGCGUUCAUUUCAGGAUCAUGUAAAUUGCAUUCUCAAAGAACUUAUUCCUGUUAAGAUUUGGGAGAAAACAAAUGGAAGAAAACUAGAGAACUUUCAUAAAAUAAAAGUUUCUCCUUUUAUUGUGGACAUAAUUCAUUUUAAAGAUGUGGUAAUGAAAAAAGUGGAAAGACUAAGAAGAGGAAUAGUUAUCUCCUCAUCUGACAGUGAUGAUGAAUCUACCUCAGAAUGAUUAUUUUAUUUGUAACUUGGCUAGUUAUUGUUGGUUUUCUCUCGUUUGAAUAAUAUUAAAGUAUACAAGCUAGAAAAUCAAAAAAACUGACUAAUGUCAAAUGUAAACAUUAUACAUGUGGAUGUAUCUGGUCAAUUAUUUUUAAGGGUUUUUUUUUCUUCUUUUGUGUUCAAGUAUACAUGUGUAGCUUUUUUUAUAAGCAAAAAAAAAAGGAUACUUGACUCUUAAUCUGAAGAAAGUGAAGAUGAAUCCCACUUCGAAUGAUUUUUUUUUUUUCAUAACAUGGCUACUUGUUGUGUUUUGUCUCAUUCCAUCAAUAUUGAAGCAUAACACUUGUUAAAAAAUCCAUGCAUGAACUUCACAUGUUUUUGCUACAUGGAAAAAUACUCAUGUCGUGAUUACCUUAAGUUAAUUUUUGUUAUACAAAUGAUUUUAUAUACUGAUAUGAUUUAUUAUUGAAGGAAGAAUAGCAGUAGGCCAUUGAAUAGUUAUUUAUCAUGCAUCACCUUGUUGUUUUGCAAAUGGCAUCUGAAAUAAAGUAUGAUGCAUAGUGGAAAAAAACAAAUGAAUGUGAAAUUUAUCAAUAAAAUGUUUAUCAUGACAUGCUAUUAA